AAAACAUAUUAUUAUUUGUUUAUUACACAAUCUCCCCCCAUAUAUAUAUCACCCCCUCCCUUUACUUUCAAUCACAUUCUCUUUAAUCUAAUGAACUGCUUAAAAGGCCCCAUCAUCGGCCGCGGCUCCACCGCCACCGUCUCCAUCGCCACCACCGUCACAGGAGACCGGUUCGCUGUCAAGUCAAUGGAACUCUCCAAAUCAUUGCUCUUACAAAAAGAGCAACAGUUUCUUUCUAAACUAAGAUCCCCUUAUAUAAUAGAGUACAUCGGAUUCGAUGUCGAUUAUGCGAAUAAUAUUCCAAUGUAUGAUCUGUUUAUGGAGUAUGCAACUGGCGGCACUAUUACUGAUGUAAUUAAGAGACAAGGGGGGUCUCUUGACGAGUGUUUGAUCCGAUCUUACACUCAUCAGAUUUUACAAGGGUUGGAUUAUCUUCACUCCAAUAAGUUGGUGCAUUGUGAUAUUAAAUGUUCAAAUAUAUUGGUGUGUGAAGAUGGUGUCAAAAUUGGUGAUCUGGGUUGUGCUAAAUUGGUGGAGAAUUGUGGAGAUACAUCCUCUGAAUUUUCUGGUACACCGGUUUUUAUGGCGCCUGAGGUUGCACGAGGCGAAAAACAGGGGUUUGCGGCUGAUGUGUGGGCUGUUGGCUGUGCGGUUAUUGAAAUGGCAACGGGUUACAACCCGUGGCCAGAGAUGAAGAACCCGGUCUCUGCUUUGUACAGAAUUGGGUAUUCGAGUGACGUACCAUUGUUUCCGAUGUGGUUAUCGGAGGAAGGUAAAGAUUUCUUGAAAAAAUGUUUGCAACGAAAAGAGGAAGAAAGAUGGACGGUGAAAGAGCUUCUUCAACACCCUUUUGUUAAUAUGAACCCGAGUUCGGAAAAGAUUGAAAAUCUUCAGAAAAGUUCUCCAAGUAGUAUUCUAAAUCAAGGAUUCUGGGAUUCUUUGGAAGAAUCCGAACCGACCGUAUUCAUGAAUGUCUCCGGGGAUUCUCCGGUGGACAGAAUAGGACAAUUGGUGGAAGCAACUCCAUCAUGUUUGCCAAAUUGGGUUGAUGAAGAUAAUUGGAUCACAGUCAGAACCAAUCAUAUAGAUGAUGAUGAUGAUGAUGAUGAUGAUGAUGAUGAUGAUGAUGAUGAGUCAUCCUGUGAAGAUUUGUUUUUGUUUUCAGAUUUAUAUGAAGAAGAUUAUCUGUUGUCUGUUAGAAUGAUGUUAGGAUCUGAUGUAGAUGUAAGUGGUGGUUCAAGUGUGGUUGUUUCAAGAUUCCUUGAUUUCAAUAACAUGAAUGAUAAUAAUUGUUUGUUUACUAAUUCAAAUUUAAACUUUGCAUUAUUGGGUCAUAUAGUUGUUGAGUUAGCAAAUGAGUGUUUAUGGUUUUCAAACCUUCGUUAUUCUUGUUUAAAUAGAAUGGGAUAUAAUGAAAAAUUAAAUAUCAAUGUUUUCAUAACUUCACCGGUGACUCAACGAACUUACAGAUCCAUUGGACAGACCGGUUAA